GUAGAAAGAUAAGAGAUAUUUAUUUUUGGAUCAAACAAAAAAAAAGAUAACAGAUAUUUUUGAUGCUCCAAUGAAAAUAUCUAUGGAAGAAGGACAAAAGUGACGUGGCAAUGAAUUGGUCCCACGACACGUGUAAAAGUGUAUACAACUGCAUUCUCUUUUUGUUCCAACAAACAACACCGUCUCUAUUUUCUCUCUCUUUCUCUUUUUAUUUCACAUUUAUUCAUCCUUCUUCAUCUUCACAAAGAACACAGCAAAAAAAAUAGAAAGAACCCAAUUUCUAACUCGGACGAGUUCACAACGAGUCAACCCGAUUCAUUCUCUCUAUAUCACCCUUGAAGAAACUUAUGGAGGGAAUUAGAGAAACUGAAGAAUGGACAGAUGAAAAACACAGCAUGUAUAUAAAGUCAAUAGAAGCAUCUUUUGUUAAUGAUUUAUAUGAUUCUAAGCAAACAGGAAAUUCUACUACUGGCCAGUUCAAGGUUCUUCGCGGAGGUUGUUGGCAAAAGAUGAAUUUCGAACGCGAGAAUCCUCAAAUGAGUAGAGGUAAUUCGCGCAAUGAUUUAAUCGCGAAUCCGUGGAUUCAACACUAUCGAUCUUCAAGCAAACAAGAAAGUGCAGUGUCUCCAUCCCCUAUAACAUCUCAACAUGUUGUUAGUCUAAGCCAUCGGAAGAAAAUUUCUUAUGAAUCUCAAAUUUAUGAUCAAAAUAUGAUUUCUAGCGAUACAGAAGUGUCGGAUCAGAAUUUUGUUGACGAAGAAGUGAAAUAUGAAAAGAAAAACACAAGUAGCGCGAAACGACGAAAGUCUUUUGAUUGUUGAUAUGCAAAUGGCAAUGAUGGAUGGUAGGUGUUUGAAAAUUACUUGUGCUUUCUUGGAACUAAGUGAUGAACAUUAUAUUAGCAAAUUUGAUUUUCCAUUAGAGAUGUUACUUAGAAUUGUGUUUGUGCUGCAAAGAAUAAGACGUUUUCCAUUGAAAUGUUCUUAGGCAGCCACAAGAGGAGUUGACACAAACAUAAGCUAAUGGUUGGAGUUAACUUAUAAUUGGAAAGUGGAAACUUAAUAUUGAACUCUUUGUAUGUACAAGAGUAGUUAAACUGAUAUUUUGCUUCUUAA